CCUGCACCGCGUAGGCCGCCGCCCCCCGACCCGACGGGGAGAAUUUAAAGGGGUCGCAGCGUCCGCCCGUCCCGGUGACCUCCCGGGGCCUCCCCGCCGCCCGCGCAGGAACAUGGCGAAGGUGGAGCAGGUCCUGAGCCUCGAGCCGCAGCACGAGCUCAAGUUCCGAGGUCCCUUUACUGAUGUUGUCACCACCAACCUCAAGCUUGGCAACCCGACAGACCGGAAUGUGUGUUUUAAAGUGAAGACCACAGCACCCCGUAGGUACUGUGUGCGGCCCAACAGUGGGGUCAUCGAUGCCGGGGCCUCCAUCAACGUAUCUGUGAUGUUACAGCCUUUCGAUUAUGACCCCAGUGAGAAAAGUAAACACAAGUUUAUGGUUCAGUCUAUGUUUGCUCCGCCUGACACUUCUGAUAUGGAGGCAGUAUGGAAGGAAGCAAAACCGGAAGACCUUAUGGAUUCAAAACUUAGAUGUGUGUUUGAAUUACCAGCAGAAAAUGAUAAACCACAUGAUGUGGAGAUGAAUAAAAUAUCCACAAGUGCAUCAAAGACAGAAGUACCAUUGGCAUCUAAACCCUUGGCUUCGUCUCUGGAGGACCCAGAAGUGAGGAAGGUGAUGGAGGAGUGCAAGCGGCUGCAAGGGGAAGUGCAGAGGCUGCGGGAGGAGAGCAGACAGCUCAAGGAAGAAGACGGGCUUCGGAUGAGGAAGAUGGCGCAGAGCAACAGCCCCAUGGCUGCCCUAGCUAGCACUGGCAAGGAGGAAGGCCUCAGCACCCGGCUGCUGGCCCUGGUGGUUCUGUUCUUUAUCGUCGGCGUGGUCAUCGGGAAGAUCGCCUUGUAGAGCAGCAUGCGAAGGAGGCAGAUUGCAUUGACGGGUCGCCACACCACGGGAUUUAAGUUUGUCAUAGCCAUGCGUCAAAAGAAAUCAGUGUGUGAUGACUCUCACAGGUCUUGCCUUUAAAUUACCCCUCCCCAUGCACACACACACAUGCACACACAAAUAUAGCAUAAUAUAAAGAUCUUUUAGACAGUUAAAAAUUCAUAGUAAAUGACUGGAGGGACAGAAUGAUCUCUUCUAAUGAUAAGGAGGAGCACCAUGAUUAACUGCAGUGGCUUAUUGUAGCUGCCACGUUAAACAUGGGUAGGCCUUGGCACAUGUUGUUGGAUCACCUCUCUCAAAGCAAGACGCUCUUCCUUGCCUGCUGGUGCUGGUCCGUGGGAUGGGAAGCCCGGCGCGGUCCCUCCCCAGUCACUGCGCUGCUGCUCCUGCCCCGGCGGCUCCCUCAGGUCUGCAGUCCGUCCAGGCCAUCGGUUCCUCAGGCCUGCAGAGCAGCCAAAGCCGUGCAGCGCUGUGUGGUGGCUGCUCCGGUGUGCUUGUAGGUCACGUGUGAGGAGCAUGCCACCUGACCCAGCACUCGGGAAUAAGUCUGUGCUUUGUUCUCUUAAAGGGACCAUGCUAAGUUACGUUGGUUCAUGUAGUAAAACUGAGGUGUUACCGGAGGUGUUGAAGCGUACUUAACUUAUUUAGUGUAUUUCAUCUCGUUUCUCACUGUCUCAAGUCACCUGUGCUACAGACACCCGUGAGGGGCUGGUGCUGCUGCCAGGUGCUAUGACUCUGUGUCUGGAGGUUCUGGAUUCGAGGAGGGCUCUGUCUGAAUGUCCUGACAGACGUGCUGGGGAGGGCAGUUCUUUGUAGUGGCAGUCAGCUAUGGGUUCUCCACUUGAAUGGAGAAGAGGAAUGAGUCUUCUAGGUGGUUCUUCCACUCCUCCCAGCUGCCAUUCAGUCUUCAGCACACAGACCCCAGUCUGUCCUGCCCCCUCAGGAUGAAGAGUCAGGCUGCGGAGGGUGAGGUGCAUGGGUGGGGUGAGGCGGGUGGGCAGGAGGCUCCUCAACCAAGCUAUCUGCCGCUGAUGGAGUCUGACCGUGAGGUAACUCAUGCCCUGGAAGCCCAAUCCAAUUCUGUUCGACUAUGUAGCAUCUUAAAAAGAAAAUUAAAAUAAAGCCCAAAACUAAGAGUUCUUUUGUCAUCUUGUCACAUUUGCUAUGUGGGGGGAAUUGUUUUUAUUAAUCAUCAUUAGUUGCUGUGGAAGGUUGACUUUACAGUGAGCUCCGUCAGUGAGAGCGCCCGUGAGUGAGCUCACUGCUCACACGCACACACGCUACUUGUUGUCCGUCGUCCUCAGUGAACAGAGUAAGAAAGAAGAGCGCUGACCCUCAGCUCCCACGGCCCUUGCCCUUCUGCGGCCUCUGCCUUCAAUGAAAGACAGUCGCCCACAGGGUGCUUGGUGUGGUUUCAGGAGGGGCCUGGGUCUGACAGGACAGGCCCAUUAAAGGAAGACCUUCCGUAGCCCUCUCCCCUCAAGCAGCUUCUGUGGCUGGCAGAGACGCGCAGGUUGGUGAGGUGGGAGUCUGCUUGGGCUGCAUAAGCAGCUUCCUGUUUCUUGUGAGAAGUCCACAGCAAACCCUGGUACUCCGCUGAGCAUGGGAAGAGCCGUCCAAGCCUUGUAGAUCGAUUCCCCAGAUCCUUUCCAUUUGACCCAGGUGCCCAAGGAAGGGAGGAAGGAAACAGGAUUUGUUAGUUGAAGGCGCCACUGGUCCCUCCAGGCCUGUGAGCAGAGGCAGCUGAAGGGCUUCCGACAGUGCCUGGGGCGCCAGCACCGGAUUGGGGGCUGUGAGCUGUGUUUCUAAGAAACAACCAUGCUGUGGUGGCAGUAGGUGGUUGCUCUGGGUACGUCUAGAAGGUGCUGGGCUGAUCCAAGAAGGCAGGCAUUUUUGCUGCAGAGAGAAGAAAAUGUCUUCUCGGAAGUCGCCCUCCCUCACAGAGGUUAAGCUUGCUGCACGUGUUUGAGGUGGGGCUUCUUGACUAAGUGGAAGUAGGUGAGUUGUUCUCUCCGGGUCCUGAUCAGUGAGGGAUGUGCCAGUAGAAGAGAGAAGUGUUUGAAGGAAGCAGUGUUCAUGCUUGGGGCUCUCUGAAAAGCCACAAACACUCAAGGAGAACUUGGAGGUGUGCAUGUUUUGGGUGAGAGGUCUGAAAUGACCUGAAGAAAAAAAUAGGAAGUCAGUAUGGUGCGCUGUCCCACACCCAGAGAGGAAGAGUCAGAUCUGAAAUUGGCAAAGCUGAGACCUCUGCCAAAGGAUGAUGGCUGUGAGGCAGUGUGCGUGAGUGUCCCUUAGUCAUUGCCUGCAGCCCCUCGGUUGGGUGUCCUGGCUGUGGAAAUGUAGCCAUGGUGCUCACAGAGAUGGAGGCAAUAGCAGAGUCCUAUAAAUUGUUAUUGAUUGAAUUUUAAGUUGAUAAUUCAAGCUUGGAACGGUUCAGAGUAUCCCUUAAAGACAGCAGGCUAGAUUAUUUGUAGGUUUAAGGACCUGACUUUAAUUUUUUUCUCCUUCUAGUUUGCAUGUUUUCUCUCUGGUCUUUUAAACUGCUGGCACCAGCAGUAAUAAAUACUGAUAAAAUCAAAAUUGAUUUUUACCAGUGGACAGUUUAUGCCUAGAGAGACGGCUUAGGCCUACAUAACACAGAAGGAGGAAAAAUGAAGAACCUCCAGUGAUCCGUGAAAACCUAAACACCCUUUCGACAAAUCCUAGGAACAGAACUGCUACCGGGAGGGAUCAGUGCCCAGCCUGCAGACUGUUGAGUCAGGUAGAACUGUAGGCGGUUGGAGCCCAGAGCUAAAGAACCCUUCAAGAUUCAUUUGGAAACAAGCUGUGUGCGUGUGGUGUGCGUGUGUGCAUGCAUGUGUGAUAUACAUGUAAGUAACUUGACAGGUUUUCAAACCUUGGUAGGCAGGUUUUAAAUGGCAACUGUAUUGCUUGUGUCUGGGUUUUGUAUCUGGCAAGCCCAUGCUAGAAGAGUGACCAUUUGCUAUCUCCAGCUCCUCGAGAUAACUGGUCUGAAGACAAAUCUCUGGUUCUGGUUUAAAAGCAAAAAAACAAAAGACGUGGGUCUCUGGCUUCCGAGAUCCCUCGUGCACCUGAGUGGCGUGUUACCUCCCAUGGUUUGCCCAGUGCAAAGGCCAAGGCUCGCCUGUCAGCGGUUGUGGCCCUGCCUCUUGUGGUGCCUACGUGGCAUGGAGGCGAGAAACUAACUUGCUUCCCCCCGCCCCCAAGGUAGCGUCUCUCUCUAGCUUAGGCUGACCUGGAACUCACUACAUAGUCUCAGGGUGACCUCGAACUCACAGCGAUCCUCCUAUCUCUGCCUCCUGAGUGCUGGGAUUAAAGGCGUGCACCACCAUGCCCAGCAGACUGCAGUUUUUGCAAUAGAUUUCUCUUGACCACACUUGGCCAUGCCCACUGUUUUUGAGAAGAAUGCUCUCAGAGCUGAGGGGAAAUGACUGUUUAGAAAGCUGCCCGCAGAGUGCGAUUGGAUGGGUGUAAUUCGCAACAUGUGGUCCCCUAAAUCUGGUCAUGCAGGUUGCGUUCCCUGGCCUGAUUGGAUUUGAAGAAGGCAUUUUUCCUCUUCAGGUAGUGGAGUUUGAUAGGAACCUUUAUUAUGGUCCUCAAAACAGGUCUGUCCUGAGGGUGGACAUGAGUGGUCUGGAGGCUGAGCUAGAACCACAUUCCUCCCUCUCAAGUUUGGGCUGGAGGGAACCAAAUGGAGGAACCGUGUUGUCCCGCCCCUGCCUCAGGUUGCCUUCCCAGGUGAACUUCCGGAAGCCGGGCUCAGCUCUAGUCACCCCUCCUGUACCUGUUGGGGACCUGACACUCCAGACAAUAAGAAAUGUGCCCUCCCCAUCUCCUCACUACCUGGGAGUGAAUUGGGGCCUUUAGACUUGUCUCAGCAAGGUGAGGAUGUGUUACAUCUUCAUAGAUAAACGUGAAGGAAGGCAGUUUGUUUAUGGAAGUGGCCUACCAGGGUUUGAAAAGAGGUGACUUUUGUGUUCCUAAAUUUUGGGGGAAAAUACAUUAAAGGAGCAUGUGACAGGAGACUUCCUGGGCACAUCACACAUUCACAGCCAGGCUCCAGCCCGCUUUGGGCUUCUGUGUCCGGACACGCGCCACAUGAACAGAGAGCUCAGGCUUCAAGACCAUUCGCCAGGUGGUCCACCCCUGUGCCAAGGAGCCACACCUCCCAGGAGGAGGCUGUAGCUGUGUCCACAACAUUAUAUAGGAAUAGUUUAUUUCAUAUCUCCGUUACAGAGCUAUUUUGAAAAAUGCCAAAGAUGCAAGAAUGUACAGCUGCGUAUUUAAGUUGAAAAGCAAACCCAGUGGAGGUGCAGGACAGGUGGCCUGAUGAAUAUAAUUACCUUAGUUCUUUUUUCUUAAUGGAAUUAAUUCAAAUAGAACAUGUCUGCAUCCAAUCUGUAGGAGGGAAGAAAAAGCAGCAAAAAAUGUAGCUGUUAUCCAACUUGCCAUAAACAUUUGCAAUUAUGAUACCUUGGAAUGUUUCCACUGUAUGGAUCACGCUGAUGAAAGGUGUCGGUUGGGCCUAGAGGCUCUGGGCUGAUUGUUCGCUGCCGCCGGGUGAAAGUUGAUAGGCUCAUUCUUCAAACCAGGCAACAUGGGCCCUGUAAGAGCACCCUGAUCCAGUUGCCUGUUGCACCACAGGGCUGGUGUCACUGGUGGGAGUGGGUGCAGGACGGAUGCUCACCGUGGUCCUGUCCCGCUUGCAUUCUCAAGGGACUGCUGCGCCGGAGGUCCAUCUCGGUGAUGCUCAGAGCCAUGCGCCCUGGCCGCAAGAGAACAAGUUACCUGUUACUUUCUCCAUCUCUUCAGAAAACACCAACCAAGAGAAGCAGCUCAAAUCUUAACGCAAUCUCAUUAAGGCUUAGUGCUAACGAGCUCAGCUUCUGGGACUCCAGAGAUGACAAGUUAGCGUGAACGUUGUGCACAUCGACAACCCCCCCACCCCAGAUUUCCCUAUAACAAAAAGGCCUCAUUCUUUUUGUGAACAGGCCACCUGCGUCCCCAUCUUCUGUUUUUCAGAAGUAAACUAAAGUUGCCGCUUAACCCCGCUGGUGCAGCAUUUAUUCAAAAAAUAUUUCCAUGGAAUCUGUAGGUUGCAAGGUGGGAAUUUCUUGUCUGCACACUGCGGUCGUGAGCGCAGAGCUGCCUUUCCUUCUAGAGUCAGGUAGCAUUUGCAAGUACUUUAUGUGACACAGGAGAGGGGCCCGGAGACAAAUCCAUGGACGUGAUUGCGGUCUUGUAUUUUUAUUCACAAGCAGCCCAAGUGUGGUGGGUCCAGCCUUUCAUGUAGAAAAAUGCAAAACACAUUGUUUCUGUUGCCAACAUUUCUUUGUAGUUUUUUAAACAGCUGAUUUGUAAGCGUACAUUCAGAACUUCCUAUAAAAAACACAAAUUCAUUUGUUAAGUGUCCCUUCAACCCCUCCAUCUGUUUUGAGUAGAAAGGAAGUUUAGUAACACGUGCCAUCGCCACCAUGCCUCACCUCUUCCCCACGUCAGAGAGAUCUCUCCAGCUUGGGAGGUGUGUCUCCGUUCCGAUCCAUCGUAUGUGAACAUUUCAGGAAAUAAAUGUUUCAAGUGGUGUCUACAAAUACUUUCAUUUUCAUAAUUUUUCCUUAAUGUAUUUAGGUUGUAUUUUUCUGCUCUGACUUGUAACUCAGGAAAGGUCUCUAUCAUCAUGCGUUUGGUUAUCUGAUUGUAAUAAAUUCAUGUUUUUAUGGCCGACUCUACAGUGUCCCAGAGGGAAGGAGAUGUGUUUCACAGUGCCCACGAAGGAGCCAUCCACAGCAUGUCCCCACAUGCUCUGUACCAGCCUGCUGAAACCUGCCCUGCCAAGGCGGGAGCUUGUACGAGCCUUUCCAUGUUAUGUUCAGUAAACGCGAUGCCCUGAAUCUA